AUGCACCACAUAGUUCCCCUGAGUAUGUGUCACGGGAACAACGUCUCUGGAUUUCUAGAUGCUCGUACGCCUCCUUUAGUUACCACAUCCAAGAAGAUGUGGGUGAAUGUCGGUAGAAUGUCAACAAGCCCGAGUCUACUGGCCGGAUCGCCAAGGAUGCACCGCCUCGAGGGGACACGCAAGACUGGCACACACCCCCAUCAAUCAAAUUCCCUCUCAAGCUUGGGCCACCUUCUAAACCUUUUGCCUUCUGGUUCUUGUUGGUUUGUCGGGAACCUAUCAGAAAUUGGGAUUCCUGCAUCUCGGCAAGCAAAGCCAGAGGCUAGCCCAGGAUACAUCACACCGUAUGAGUGGCCUGCCCUUUUCUUCCGUUUAAGGACAUCCACUCCUCCGCCAACGUUAACUGUUCCUUCCGCAUCCAACGGUCCUUUCUUCCUUCAACUCCCGGCGCAACCUCCGACAUCCAACAAAGUCGUCGCUUACCCGGGCCACGCAGCUCGAGGAAAUACAGACCGACAGACCUACAGAACCUUCUCUGUCUCACCUCUCCAAUUUCCGCCAUCAGCCCACCUGAGCGCGAUACGCCGGGGCGGAGGAAGUCUUACCGCCAUCAUCCGACGGAAAAGUCGCCCAAACCCAGCCGCCGCCAGCCACUGCUGCUUCCCGACCUGCAGCUACAGCAACUGA